GCGGCACCGAGGCUCUGCGCAUGCGCCGUCUCCUAGCCUCGAUGGACGCGCUUCCGGUUCUCCGAGCUCUUCUAGGCGAGGCUCCCAGUGCUCCUAGGGUUCCCCGGGGCCUCCUGGGAACUGUAAGAGGAGCGAGGAUUCCCGGGAGCCACAGAAAGACCGGGUAGCGAGCUCAGGGCAGGAUCGGAGGGACCGGAGCCUACCCGGGGCCUGCGGAGGCUCGCAGGCGUCCAGCGGCCGGGCGAGGCCACCGGAUGUCACCGGGCUGCAGGCCUCCGGGCGGGCAUCCUGGGAAGGAGAGGUGUGUGUGUGCGUGCAAAAACAGGAUCGCACCCUUCGAUCACCAUCCCUGGCCCUUGAGAGUACCUGAAAAUGGACAGUUUCCAGGGGUCAGUUUCCUUCAUAGAUUUGACCGUGGACUUCACCCAUGAGGAGUGGCAAUAUCUGGGCCCUGCACAGCGCCUCCUGUACAGGGAUGUGAUGCUGGAGAACUACAGGAACCUCCUCUCAGUGGGGUUUCGUGUUAGCAAACCAGAUGUGAUCUUAAAAUUGGAGCAAGGAAAAGAGCCUUGGAUAGUGGAAGAAUCACCGAGUCAGAACCGUGCAGAAGAUGAUGAUGCCUUAGAGAAGGACAAGGGAAUACAAGACAAACAUUUGAAGCAAUUUUUAGUCUUCAGUAACAAAAAGAUGCCAGAAAAAGCCAUUCUGUUUGAGGAAACAGUUGCUCUUGACAUGAAUACUGUUUCUUCAGAAAAAAUGUUCCAUAAAUAUGAUCCAGGGGGAAAUGGCUUGAAAACUAAUUCAGAAGAAACCGUUGCUAAGUCUAGCCAAGCAAAUGCAAAGGUAAUUGCUGAGCCUGGUGGGUGUGAGAAGCCACUGCUCCACACAAGGCCUGACAAGAGCCAUUCUGGGACAAAACAGAACAAAUGUGAUCAAGUUAGGGAUGUUAGGAGUCAAGGUGAAGAUCUUAAUCCCUACCAGAAUAUCCAGUCUGUAAGUCAGCCCUCUGAGCUUAAUAAGAGUGGGCAACCCUUCCUCCAGAAGUCAGCCCACUCUGCAGGAAUGGAGGAACAUGCUGAAAGAAAGCGAAAUGAAUGUGCUGAGUGUAGGAAAACCUUCUCUAAGAGGUCCACCCUCAUUGUCCAUCAGAGAAUCCAUACAGGAGAGAGACCCUAUGCUUGUAAUUACUGUAGGAAAACUUUUCGUAUAAAAGCAAGCCUCACUCGACACCAGCGAAUUCACACUGGAGAGAGACCUUAUCAAUGCAAAGAGUGUGGGAAAGCCUUCAUUGACAAAUCUGCCCUCAUUGUGCAUCAGAGAAUCCAUGGAGGGGAGAAAUCCUACGAGUGUAACGAAUGUGGGAAGACCUUCUUCCGGAAGUCAGCCCUGGCUGAGCAUUUCAGAUCACACACAGGGGAGAAGCCUUAUAAAUGCAAGGAAUGUGGGAAUGCCUUUGGCAAGAAGUCUUACCUCAUUGUACACCAAAGAACUCACAGAGGAGAGAAGCCGAAUGAAUGUAAGGAGUGUGGGAAAACCUUCUUCUGUCUGUCAGCCCUGACGGCACAUCAGAGAAUUCACACGGGGGAGAAACCCUAUGAGUGCAGUGAGUGUGAGAAAACUUUCUUCUGUCAGUCGGCCCUCAAUGUGCAUCUGAGAAGUCAUACCGGAGAGAAACCCUACAAAUGCCGCCAGUGUGGCAAGUUUUUGUGCACUAAGUCUGCUCUCGUGGCCCAUCAGGUAAUCCACAGAGGGAAGAAGUCUUUCGAAUGUAAUGAAUGCGGGAAGCUUUUCUACCUUAAGACAACACUCACGAUACAUCAGAGAACUCACACAGGAGAGAAGCUUGGUGUGCUCAGUAAAUGGGGUCGACCAUCCACUGUGAAGUCAAACUGCAGCGAACAGAAAAGAAUGGACCCAAAGGAGAGUCAUGAGUGUCACGACCACAAGCGCACAGUCCACAAAAGCUCCCGCCGCUUCGCACAUAAGAGAACCAUAUGGGAGAGACCUUACGAAUGUCCCGAGUGUGGGAGGACCUACUGCCGGAAGUCAGCUCUCAGGCACCAUCAGAAGACACACACGGGAGAGAGGCCCUAUGAGUGUAAAGAGUGCGGGAAAACCUUCUGUCAGAAAGUCUCCUUUACCGAGCAUCAGCGGACUCACACUGGGGAAAAACCACAUAAAUGCAAGGAAUGUGGGAAAUCCUUCCGCCACAAGUCAGCAUUCACAGUGCAUAAGAGAAUUCACACAGGAGAGAAACCAUACGGAUGUAAUGAAUGUGGGAAAAGCUACCGUCGGCUCUGGACUCUGACUGAACAUCAGAAAAUACACACAGGGGAGAAACCCUAUGAGUGUAGCAUAUGUAAGAAAACAUUUCGCCAUAAAUCAAACUUCCUUUUACAUCAGAAAACUCACAAGAAGUAAACUCCAACAAGGCCACAGCUAAUUUACAUAAUGCUCAAAUCCUGAGUUAUGCAUAAAGGAGUGAGACCUCGUCAGCAGGUGGACUAUUGGAAGAUUGUCUGCUGACCUCAGCCCUGUAACUAGAGAGCUCACAUAGGCAAGAUACACAGUUUAUUUUAUGAAUGUCAAACUUUCAGUGUUACUAUGAGAACAUUCAGCAUCUCAAACAUUACACCAGGUGUGCCUGCUUCCCUUUCAGAUCAUGAAACAAGUAUUAAUCCCUACUCCAUUACCCUCCACAGUCAGUUUAUGGUGUGUGUUGCCAGAUGUGAGGAUCCAGUCUUGAUUCCAGGCCACCACCAGUUGUUACUGUGAUAAAUGAAUUUACAGUAUUUAUAGCUCAGACUAUUCAAGCUGCUCGUCUUCUGUCCUCAUUGUUGUCUAGUGACAGACCCUGUUCCCUUUAUCUGCAAAAGUGAGGAGGUCCUUUGCCUACCUGCAGUGACUCCUCACGUGAGCGAGCAUUUGCUGCAGCCAGUCACUGGGUUUUUCCAAUGAGGGGCGCAAUGCAGCAUGUAAGGGCCUCCUGGAGCUUUCAGGAGAGCUAAGGAAAACAGCAGUUGCAGGUACCGUAACAAGAACAGCAAAGAUGUAACAAGCAGGUUUGAAUAGUGAAGAGGAUUUGGGGAGUGUUCGAAUCAAAAGUGUCUCUCCGUUUAGUGUUCUUAAAUACUUCUGUUCCCUUAGUGGUUUGAUUGUGUCAGUGUUUUUUUGUUUGUUUUGGUUUGUUUGUUUGUUUGUUUUAAAUGUCCAUAGAGGUGUUAUUUAGAAUUUACCUAUCAGCUUCUGAGAAAAGGUCUCAAUGGUGCCAAAUAGAGUCUCAUAGUAUGCAUCCAGCCAGAAUGCCAUUCAUGUGAGGCUAAUGUCAAGUCCUAGUAGCCAGCCACAAGUGGAAUUUUCUACUAACCCAGUCCUGCUCUCUGAUGUAUUGUCAUAUCCUAGGACAGUGAAGUGAGUUUAUUUCAUUGACAAAGAAGGGCCACUGGGUAUCCUGUCCUGGGCCUUGCCUGUGACGAAGCUGGAAAAGUGACAAAAUGCUGUCACUCGGCUAAACAGCCCCUGAAGUGGCCAGACUAAGUUGUAUCAUCCAACUCAGUCUUGGAAAUGAGAGUCUCUCUCUGGCUUGUCCGCUGCUUCUAGUUGUGAUGUUGGGUUCUUGGGUGGGGAAAGCUGCCCUUUGUUUGAGACUCAUCAGAAAUCCCAGUGAGAACAAGAGUGGUCUAUUUAUUCAGUUUGUAUUUUAUAUCCUUCAGUAAGGUUAACGUAUUUGUGAAUGCACAUGUAUUCGAUGUAUAUAAUAUAUACUGAAACAUGAAUAUAUGUGUAUAUCAAUAGUAAUAUUUCCUGAGAUUUUUAAUAAUUACUUAAAGAUUGGUUGCUGUUGCGAAUGGAAUUUUAUCAUCUGUUUAAAAUUACUCACAGAGGCCCCGAUAGAACUAGCAUCCUGACGACCUGAGUUCAAUCUUUGGGCCCCACAUGAUAGGAGAGUUACCCUGGCUUCCACAGGUGUGGUAUGGCAUGCACACACAAAAAUAAACAAAGGUUAAAAUGUUUAAAAACUCAUUGAUAGAUAAAUAAAGGUUAAAAUGUUUAAAAACUCAGCCGGGCGGUGGUGGCGCACGCCUUUAAUCCCAGCACUCGGGAGGCAGAGCCAGGCGGAUCUCUGUGAGUUCGAGGCCAGCCUGGUCUACAAAGUGAGUUCCAGGAAAGGCGCAAAACUACACAGAGAAACCCUGUCUCGAAAAAAACCAAAAAAAAAAAAAAAAAAAAAAAAAAAAAAAAAAAAGUUUAAAAACUCACUGAUAGAAUUCUUAAGCAUUUUUAUCAAGUUGGUCAGAAUAUGUCCCUUAUACUUACUUUUCUUUUCUUGGUCUUCUAACACUCAGAGCUCUGAGCUCUGUAUAAAGGAAGUCUGUGGGCUGUUUUGUGUAGAUGUUUUUGCCCUCUGAAGAUCUGUGCCCUAGCUGUCUAGUUGUGCCUUCUGCUUACCAUUGAGUGAUGCAGCAAAUCACAAUUCUGUGAUUACUGAAUUGUUGGCCUUUAUUAGUGUGACUUAGUAUAUAGGGGUGCUGUAUGCUGGGGGGAACUGAUGAAAAAAAUGUAUGUCCGCAAAUAGAGGAUCAGUGAGCCCCAAACACAAAAUAACAAGACACAUCCAAGUAAAACUUGAAGGUCCUGUAGAGGACUCAGCUGGUAAAGGGGCUUGUUCUGCAAGCCAGCAACCCAGGUCACUUGGAAAGGUGGACAGAAAGAUCCAACUCCAUAAGGUUGUCCUUUGACCGUACAUGGACUGUGGUGCACCCAUGCACACAUACAACAACAAUAUAUUUUUUAAGUUGUUUUUUUUAAAAAAAAAAAAAAAACCUUUAAGAUACAAAAAUCAAAAGUAAUUAAAAUGGAAAAAAGUCUUUAAAAGCAGCUGAAGAGAAUAGUCACAUGUAGGGUCUGCAAGAGUCCUACAGCUACUGGAAGAAACUGCCACACUGAUCAGAAGAGUGGAUCUCAUCUCACAGGACCCAGGGCAGCAAGUCAGGCCCAGUCCUGCAAGCCUGCUUUCUUGUGACUGCUAGAGACUGCCUGGGUUUUUGCUGCAUCGUCUGCCUGCAGCUUGUGCCAAUGUGGAUAUCUGUCUACGUUUCCCUUUUAUCAGGACACGUCUGAUCAGGGUCCCAUCUUACUCCAGCAUGGCCUCACCUUAAUGACUGACAUCUGUAACAGCCUUAUUUCCAUAAGGUCACAUUCGGAAGUAUUAGAGGCUGUGAGGUAUCUUUUGGUAUCCUAAAAAUGACCCCCAUGUUAACCAGAUUAAAAUAACAAUAGAUGUU